AUGUUGAUUGGACGUGAAAAAGAAUUUGAGUUAAUCGAAUCAUUGAUCUCAACAGCUUUAAAGGACAAAUCUUCACUUUGUGUGUAUAUUAGUGGUCCUCCGGGGACAGGAAAAACUGCGACAGUCAAGGAGGUGGUUAAUCAUUUACAAUGGAAGAUUGAUAAAAAUGGACGUCAUAAAGAGUUUCAUUUUGUUUCAAUUGAUUGUUUUGCAUCAUCUACAACUACUUCUCUUGCUCAACAUAUUUUGCUUCGACUUGAAACUCAAACAAAAAUAUCAAAUGGCAAACAAGUUUUGCAAGCUUUGGAAAACAAAAUUUCUAAAUGCAAAAUUCCGAUUUUAAUUCUGCUUGAUGAAGUUGACAACUUAGUUUCUCGCAAAGAUGAAAUAAUCUAUGACGCUUUUAAUUGGCCUAAUAAAUUUCCGGGACGUGUUAUUGUUAUAGGCAUUUCAAACUCAUUGGAUCUCACAGAAAGGCAAUUAUCAAAAAUUAAAUUUGCUCAUCCUCCAAAAUCAAUCGUUUUUCCUCCUUAUACAAGUCAAAUGUUAAUUUCCAUUUUAACUUCAUAUCUAAAUAAUAUUGGAAGCAAAUCAAGCAUUGAUACAAAAGCAAUAGAAUUGUGUGCAAGGAAGGUAGCUUCAAUGACUGGGGAUGUUAGAAGAGCUUUGGAUAUUGCCUCACAAAUGAUAGUUAAUUUUGAUGAGGAAUUGGAAGAGCAAGAUUCUCCAAAAAAAGAUGAUAAACUGAAGGAAGUUAACAAUAAAAUUGUUGAUGUGGAUAACAAUGAGUUUAAACUUCAACGCAGAAAUUCAUUAAAAACGCCUUUAAAAGAAGAAAGCAAAGAAAAUGUCCCAUCUUUGAAACGGCGUCUUCCACAAUCUUUGCAAAAAGGAGAUGUGACACCAAAAAAGAAUGCUUGCCGUGAAGUUUUGAAUGCAAUUAAUAAGGUUUUUGUUUUAUUUGGGAGGAAUUGAACAAAUAAAAAAUAGGGGUUAAUUUGGGGGAAUUGGUGAAUGUGCAAAUUUAUUUUUAUUU